UCUAAAGGAUUUAGAGCUGAAUUCACCAUCACAUUCGAGGCACACACACGCGCACACACACCUGCUGUGGAUAUGCCGUUCACUGUUGUGCUGGAUGGACCUGCACCGUGGGGCUUUCGACUUAUUGGAGGACGGGACUUCAGCCAACCCCUCACCGUCGCCAAAAUAUCACCAGGAAGUAAAGCUUCCAGAGUCAACCUGUCUCCUGGAGACAUCAUCUUAGCGAUAGAUGGAGUUUCUGCAGAAAACAUGAUGCACUCUGAGGCUCAGAGUCUAAUCAAAGAUGCCACCUAUCAGCUCACACUUACUGUUGAGAGACCAGGGACUAAGCUGUGGUCACCAAUUGUUACUGAACACAACAAAAGCCAUCCAUUUAAAGCUAACCUAGAGGCAGAGAGACAAGAGUACAGUCCAAUAGGAACGGGUCAUAAUCGAAAGGCUUCGCCCUUUGUGGCCGCAGCCAACAUAGAUGACACACGUCAGGUGGUGAGCCCAACCUACAACUCUCCUAUUUGCCUUUAUUCUUCAGGCAAUAUCCAGGAUGCCUUACACGGACAACUCAAGGGCCUCAUCCAUAACAAACCAGGAAGUCCCAGGAAGCUUAACAAUAUAGAGGAGUCUGAUGUAUAUCAGAUGCUGCUGAGAAAUCAAGAUGAGGAUCAACCCCAUGAACCGCGACAGUCGGGAUCUUUUAAAGCCUUACAGAGCUACAUCGACAGUGAGGGUACACGUCCGUUAGUGACAAGGAAAGUCCGUGCCCCAAUGACCAAGACAUCUGCUCCUGCGGGAAACUUGCACAAGCUACCAAUGUGUGAUAAGUGUGGUAACGGCAUAGUUGGGACGGUUGUGAAGGUUCAAGAUAAGUUUCGUCAUCCAGACUGUUUUGUAUGCACCGAAUGUGAAGAAAACUUAAAGCAGAAAGGAUACUACUUCAUAGAUGAUGAGUUGUACUGUGAAAUCCAUGCUCAUGCCCGGGCAAAACCUCCUGAGAGUCCAGACCUUUGACCUUCACAUUGUUCUUUUGAUUACAUGAGGGCACCAACUAAAAAUCAACUACUCAGUGCAUGAACAUCUUGUUUUAACCACAGACAUAAAGUUUUACCACAAUUCAUGUGAACCAGUUACUGAGAGACACAUUUAUGGAGAGUGCAUUGUCAUGUCAUGUGUGCUGGGAUGCAGUAUUUUGCACUUACUUUGUAGACAUAGGGUGUGUUGACUGAAAUAAAUUUGUAUGAAUAAAGAUUUUGUUUUUGGAGAAUUAACAUCUCUUAUCAGUUUUCCUGACACAUGAAACAUAAAGUCUAACAAGAUUCAGAACAAAUUGUUUUG